UUAAGUUUGGUGUUAGUUGUGAACACUGGCACAGACAGUCCACAGAGCAGCAUCAGGAUGGAAGGGAUCUUCAUUGGUGUCUUGUGUCUCUCAGGGUGCCUCACCUUCUCCACAUGCCUCCUCCAUCAGUACCACUUUGUGUCUGAUGCAAUGAAUUGGACUGAAGCUCAGAGCUACUGCAGAGAGAAGUACACAGACCUGGCCACUAUUGAAAACACUGAAGAAAUGAAGAAACUUCAAGACACAGUUUCUGCUGCUGGUCACAGCUCUAAGGUUUGGAUUGGCCUGUACAGUCAUAUUGACUGGAAGUGGUCAGAUGGGUUCAACCAGAGUGGAGCUGAAUAUAGGAACUGGGAUCCUACUGACCCCACUAAUCUCAAACCCAACAAUGAGCUCUGUGUGAUCCAGUUAAAUUCUGGCUCAUGGUAUGAUAAUAACUGCCAUGACCAGCGUCAAUUUGUCUGCUACAACGGAACAUUAGAGGAUUCUGACUUUGUGCUGGGGAAUCAAGCAAAGACUUGGUCUGAGGCUCAGAGGCACUGCAGAGAACACUACACAGAUCUGGCCACUGUGAGGAACGACGCUGACAACAACAAGACACAGAACUUGAUACCCCAUGGCAAUUGGGCAUGGAUCGGUUUGUACAGAGAUCCUCAGAUUUACUGGUCUGACGGGAGUAGCUACUCAUUCAGCUCCUGGUAUUAUGGUUUCAACCCACUUGGCUCGAUGAAAGUCAUAUGUGGUGUUGCAGAUUUGGAACAGGGAGGAAAAUGGAGGUUAUUUUCCUGUGAAGAAAGAAAAUCAUUUGUCUGCUACAGCGUCCCAACAGUGAAGACUGUGGUGAAGAUGAGGGUGAAGCUAGAGGACUCCUCUGUGGACCUGACUGACCCUGCUGUGAAAGAACAGAUUCUGAAACAGCUCCAGGACAGAUUGAAGGAGAAAGGACUGAGUGGCGUCACCUUGAAGUGGAAAGAACAGGCUGAUGGGAAAGUUUUCCACAAGGAGGAAAAAGGUUCUGACAAGAAAAAAAAAACUGAGCUUUAAAAAUUUGACUUCAACUUUCAUUGCAUGCGCUAAUGUUUCAUGUCUGCACGUAUACACACCUCUAUCACUGUACUCAGUUAAACCAUACCAAUGAAUGUUGUUAUAGAAAAACUAGGCUUCGUGUGCUUAUAUGCUUAAACUGUGCGCCUGUGUAUAAAGAGCAUUAGGAACUUUAUGCAGCCCGGGAAGAAUGUUUAAUUAACACCAGACACAGGGAGAGUCUCCAUCGGAAGGAAAAUGUAAUUAGUUAAUAGGCAGGUUAUUAAUGUUACAGCUUAUUAUGUCUUAUACUAAGGGAAUGACAAAGACCCACAGCACAGGUCAAGCCCAUGUGAAACAGAUUCCUGGUUGCAACUGUACGCUUCCACCAGACAGCACCAUAUAUCCAGCAUAAAGAAAUGUUAUGUUGUAUGUGCCCUUACUGGAAUUAUUGUUUUUUAACCUAUAUUAAGUGUGUGGAAAUGUAUCAUUAAAAAAAAAAUGCAGAUAUCGCCCGGAUCUAAUGGAGUGUGGAGAGAGGACCUUCUAAACCGAGUAAGGCCUGAAACUCCAAGAUUUAUAAUGGUGUCAAAGUUAGACCAACAGCCACAACUUUAAUACACCAUUAGAAUCGACCCCUGACGUAACUUUUGGGGGAGACAAAGUCGACUUGGAAAAGUUUGUCUUCCGUUGGGUUCCGGAGCCAGCUCGGAUUUACAUCUUGUUAAAGAAUAAA